AUGGCUCCCGAUAAGACUGCCCUCGACUUCAUCGACUUUGUCAACGCCUCUCCCGCCCCCUACCACGCCUGCGCCAACGCCGCUGCCCGCCUGGAGAAGGCUGGCUUCAGCAAGAUCAAGGAGCGAGACUCUUGGGCGUCGACCCUCCGACCCGGCGGCAAAUACUACCUGACCCGCAACGGCUCCUCGAUCGUCGCCUUUGCGAUUGGCAAGAAAUGGCGUCCCGGCAACCCCGUCGGCAUGAUCGGCGCGCAUACCGACUCGCCCUGCCUCCGCAUCAAGCCUGUUUCGAAGAAGGGCAACAACGGCUUCCUCCAGGUCGGCGUCGAGACGUACGGUGGAGGCAUCUGGCAUAGCUGGUUCGACCGCGAUCUCAGCAUUGCUGGCCGGGUGCUUGUCAAGGACUCCACCGGCACCUUCACACAGAAGCUCAUCAAGGUCGACAAGCCCCUCCUGCGUAUCCCGACACUGGCCAUCCACCUUGACCGCAGCUCGAGCUUCGACCCCAACAAGGAGGUCGAGCUGUUUCCCAUUGCCGGUCUCGCGUCGGCAGAGCUGAACAAGAGCGCUUCAGAGACACAAGUGGAGGGCAAUGAAGAGGCGGAAGAGGAUUUCAAGCCCCUCAGGGACCUGACGGAGCGCCACCACCCGCACAUAAUCGACGUCAUCGCCUCGCACGCUGAGGUCGACGCCUCCAACGUUGUGGACUUUGAGCUCGUGCUCUACGACACGCAGCCCGCUUGCCUCGGCGGUCUCAACGACGAGUUUGUCUUCUCCCCGCGUCUCGACAACCUCGGCAUGACGUACUGCUCCAUCAUGGGCCUCAUCACGUCGCUCCGCGACUCGGCCGCCCUCGACGAGGACCACACCAUCCGGCUGGUGACCUGCUUCGACCACGAGGAGAUCGGCUCGACGUCUGCGCAGGGCGCCAACUCGAACCUCCUGCCGGCCAUCCUCCGGCGGCUGUCGGUGCUCCCCGCGGGCCGCAGCGACACGGCGUCGGACGCGUCGUACGACUCUGUCAACGACGCCCUGCCGCACCUCGAGGAGAGCAUCCAGUCGACGGCCUACGAGCAGACGCUCAGCCGGUCGUUCCUCGUGUCGGCGGACAUGGCGCACUCGGUGCACCCCAACUACGCGGGCAAGUACGAGGCGUCGCACCAGCCGGCCAUGAACGGCGGCACCGUCAUCAAGAUCAACGCCAACCAGCGGUACGCGACCAACUCACCCGGCAUCGUGCUGCUGCAGGAGAGCGCGCGCCACGCCGGCGUGCCGCUGCAGCUGUUUGUCGUGCGCAACGACUCGCCCUGCGGCAGCACCAUCGGCCCCAUGCUCAGCGCCAAGCUCGGCGUCCGGACCCUCGACCUGGGCAACCCGCAGCUCAGCAUGCACUCGAUCCGGGAGACGGGGGGCAGCAAGGACGUCGAGUUUGCGGUGAGGCUGUUUGAGAGCUUCUACGAACGGUACGGCGAGCUCGAGGAGAAGAUUCUGGUGGAUUAG